UAUCGAGAAUGGUUUAGAUGUGGGUGACGCGAGAUUAUCAACUAUUUAAUUAGUUUUAAAUUUAUUAGUUUUGUAAACAAUGCAUAAAUUUGUUCUUCUUUCAAUAGUGCUACAGUUUUACGUAGUGUAUGAAGUGAGCGGUUUGAGAUGUUUUCAGUGUCAUAUGGUUCAGCAUCCGUACUACAUCACAGAUAAUAAAUCAGUGUUGACAUGCAAGGACUUCGACUAUUCUAACAAAUUCAUCGUCGAGUGCCCUCAUUCAACAUUUUGCUACAAGAGGACCUCAAAAAACCAUUUCUACAAGGAGGAUUUCGUGAGGGUUGAAAGAGGAUGUGCCUCUCAGCUAUACAGAGGCCAAAAUUUCGAUCCCAGCGCUGGAUUUUAUCAGGAAGAAUACGUGGUGGGUAACGCUUAUAAAAGAGGAUGCAGAAAGGUGGAAAGUUUUGGUGAAAGACGAACAGAUAUCGAGGACUGUUACUGUGAUAGUGAUCUGUGUAAUGCCAGUGAUAGGUUGAGAAAUAGUGCCAUAUUGUGUGUGAUAUUACCAAUAUUGUUAAUACUUCUCAGGAGUUGAUAGCAAAUAUUUAUUGGACCAAAAUAUUUUUGUAAAUAAUAUUGAUAAAUGAAACAGUGAGAUUAAAAAAUAAAAUAUCUACUUUUACCAAUAAUGUUCA